CAUCCACGUCACAUGAAACAUAAAAAACUCACUUUCAUCACACAUAAACACACAUGCACCACUCCACUUUCUUUCAUUAACUUCAUUCAACUCUCUUGUGGAUUGACCUAUAAAAGUGAUUCAUUUCACAGAGCGUUACGUUGUUCGAUAUUAACUUCUUCUUCCUCUCUCUCCUUUUUCCAUUCAUCAAUUUGUACACACGCAUACGUUUCUUGAUUUACUACGCCAAUAUCAAGUCUUUUUUUAUCUUUUUUUCCCCCCUUUUUCUUCUGUUUCCUUCGCUGUCAAGUUCGGUUCAGACAAUCAUCAUAGUGUAUUACUUGAACACAUUAUUCAGGAAUGCAGAACCAGCAAAUGCAGCAACAGCUGCAACAGCUUCAACAACAACAGCAACAGCAUUUCCAACAACAACAAUUGCAACAGCAACAGGCGCUACAGCAACAACAACUUCAGCAGCAGGCCCUACAACAACAACAACAACAACAAGUGCAACAACAGGCCCAGCAACAUCAGCAGCAACAACCUGACUGGCGCACAAAACUACCCGCAGAGGAAAGAUUUGGCCUCAUCAAGAGAUUAGCUGAAGCACUCAAGAUCUUGUCGCCAAUUGCUGACCAAAAGAUAUUUGAACUUGCCAAAACGUUCGAGAAUGUCACAUUUCAGCGCUCGAAUAGCCAGUCUGAAUACUAUACAGCAUACAAGAGAAAACUUCAACAGAUUAAUGCUCAGAUUUCGGGGCAGCACGUGGCUGCUGCUGCUGCUGCUGCUGCUGUUGCUGGGGCAGCUGGAGGAUCGCCAAUUGUUGGUUCACCCCAAGCACAGUUACCCAUGACUUCCACACCAACGCUCAUGCAGCAAGCUAUUCCGCAGAAUGCGAUUCCUCAACAGAAACAAGCCUUUCAGCAGCUUAUGCAGCAGCGGUUGUUCCAGCAGCAGCAACAGCAGCAGCAGCAACAGCAGCAGCAGCAACAACAACAACAACAACAACAACAACAGCAGCAGCAGCAGCAGCAACAGCAACAGCAACAGCAACAGUCCCAACAACAAUCUGCACUCAAGCCUCAAAUUAGUCCGUUUCAACAGCAACAAACUUUACCACAAGUUCAACAGCAUCUGCAGCAACAUCUGCAACAGCAGCAUCUGUUGCAUAACCAGGCUCAAUUGCUGCAACAACAACAACAGCAGCAGCAGCAGCUUCAACAGCUACAACAAUCUCCUCAGACGCAAGGCCUUACCCCUGCUUCUGCUGCCGCAAACAUUACUCAGAUCAAUGGUCAGCUGCAACCAGGUCAGAUUGGCCAGCCUCAGCGACCUCUACCAGGAAAUAUUAUACCAAAUAUUUCUAGCGCGGAUCAGCUGAUGCUUCUUCAUCAGCAUAAUCAAAAGCUACAGCACGCACAAGCACAAGCACAUUUGACUCUUCUUCAGCAACAGCAACAGCAGCAAGCACAGCAGCAAGCACAGCAGCAAGCACAGCAGCAAGCACAACAGAAACAGCAUGAUCAAGAUCAACAGCAAAUAAAGCAGGAGCAGCAACCGGAGCAUCAAGAGCAGCAACAACAGCACGCUCAAACACAGGCUCAACAACAGGAGCAGCAUAAAGUGCAGCAACCAGACAUGCUUCAAGCACAACUACUACAGCAACAACAAAACAUACAACAGCAGCGCAGCCCUCAGAUACUGCAAUCACCUCCGCAGCAGGCUGUGCAGCAAGCACAGCAGCCGCAGCUGAAUGGUUCUCUGUCACAAAUGAAUCCAGGUACUGUCAAUCCCGGUGUUCCUGGUGCUGUCCCUAGCCGAGUUCCUCCCACGCACGCUUCAAGGGCUGCAGUCCAAGCCAUGGUAGAAAGAAUUCAGGCUAACAGAAUUCCUCCAAACAUAUUACACGAUCUAACACCGGAACAAAAACAGACAGUCAAGGAACAAAUGAAUUUGAUGUUGCCUAUGGUUAUGAAGCUGGACCAACUAAUGCCUAUUGUUUACGCCCUCACUAAUAACCGUGAUGCCAUAAUGAAACUGAUAUUGAUGAAAUUUAUGUUCCAAGAUCAACUGGAGUCAUUGAAGCAUGAACAGUACAACAUCACGCCAGAAAAUCUUAUUAAGAUGAAAGAGCGAUUGCAUCACUGCUUUCUAUGGGUUAAAUCCGAGACGCAAAAUGGAGCCCUCGCUGGGGCAGCAACAGGCCAAAAUGCGAACAAUGUUUUAAAUCGAAUCAACAAUGUUAAUCCUGGCCAGAUAACAGGACUCAAUCCUAACGUUGGACCUGGACUGGUCUCAAUCUCCGGACCAGGGGUUGAUCCUUCAAUGAAUGCUAAUCUGAAUACAGGUGCCAACAACUCUGUCGGCAUGGUUGGCGCACAAACUGCAAAUAUACCAAACAAUCCAGCCACGGUUCAGGCAACACCGUUACCAUCUUCCGCAGCCCCUACCCCUCCAAUGAAACCUGGAUUGACGGCAGCUGACCUAAAAUUACCACCGCCAAAGAAGGCUAACAGCUCGCCUCCAAACAGCUCAUUCCCAACAUCCCCAAGAUCGGAGGCAGGAACACCUUCAACACCAAGUCAAGCGGUCCAACGCACGGGGACUGCCGGGAUUAAUUCAACAAUUGUUAAACAGGAAACGCCCAAGCAGGCCAAAACUCCUCAAGCCACUAAUGCAAGUGUUGCUAUAGACCAGUCUUCUCUGGCUGUGCCAGCUGUUCAAGGAGGCACUUCGCCAACACUUAAUGUCACUAAGGCGCCAGAUGGAACUAGUCUGACUUCAUCUCAGCUUCUGUUGGCGCAACGUGCGCGCCAGUUGCAGCAGCAACAACAACACACUCAGGUUGACCAGAAGCAGCCCAUCCCUUCCCCUAUUCAGCAAACACAGCAGACCUUACUUACACCCCAACUACUACAGCAAGGUACAGUACAACUGCCUGCCCAGCCAUCGAAUUUCGCACCAAUGGCUGCGAAGGCAACUGCAAACAAUUUGGACCAAAUGUCCAAAGAAGAACUGAUCCAACAAGGCCAAAACUUGCAGCGAGCCCUGGCCAGUAACGCACUCCGUGCAAGGGAGGCAGCACUCGUCAAAAUGCAAUUACAAAAGAUACGUGGAGCGCUGGCAAAGCCACACAAGCAGGAACAAUCAGCUCAUCUUAGUACUACGUCGGAACCUUUGCAACCCAAGGUCGCAUCUUCCAGUUCUUCAGCCGAUAUGACUAUCUCACAGCCCCAACCUUCGGGACCAUUAUCCUCAGCUGCUGGAACAACUGAUAGUGGAUCACAACUAAGAGAAAUUCAAAAAGUUCAAGAGUCAAGACAACAGCAACAACAACAACACCCGAUGCAGCCAACAGAUCCUCUUGAAUUUUUAACAACAACUUAUAAAACCCUAGUCGGCGUGAACGACACAGGAACUUUCAGUGAUGAGGUGGUAACACGUGAAUCCUUGUUUAUGCUUCAUAACACCUUUGAGGGCUUUGUUGGCAAGCGGGUGGGCAACGGGUCUAGAAAGGACAUGUAUGACGAUGGCCCACGUAAGCGUGCAAGAACUGAAGUUAAAGAUGAUGUACUUAUUGCUCCGUUGUUGCAUAGUGGGGAUGGUGAGCCAGAUGCCUACAUAGCUAGUUACAUUGAUUGGGUUCAAGAGACCCAAGAGGUACAGACUGCUUGAAAACCGUUCCCAUGCAACCGCCCGUACAAUAUGUAGCAACACAGGCCCAUCCGCACACUUUGAAUUAGCUUGUGUAUUG